AUAUAUAUAUGUAUUAGAAAUACGCAACUAGUUAUUAAAUAAUGUUUGGUAGUUGAAAACGGUUUUGAUAAGCAAUACCCAUUUAGUUGGCGCCAUAAAAUUAGAAGUAAUCCAAACACAUGGUGCGUUUUGUAAGUGGCUAAAUUUGAGGUCAACUCUGCUGGAAAGCAAAAUACGAAUUGAGAUCCAACACUGAGGGGUUUCAGACUGAGACGCUAUUUAAUAUUGCACCCACCCCUUUUGUAAGGUGUGUGCAUGCUCUUGUGAAUCAAGAGAGAGAGAGAGGUGAAUGUCGACCAGAAAUGAAAACGAAGAAAGUAGUCUUAGGGCACCGUUGUUAGGAAAGAGCAUACAAGUAGAAGAAGAUGAAGCGCCGAUGACACAGAGAGUGUGGACAGAGACAAAGAAGCUAUGGCGGGUGGUGGGGCCGGCCAUCUUCAGCCGCAUGACGUCGUACACGAUGUUCGUGAUCUCGCAGGCGUUCGCGGGGCACCUGGGCGACCUGGAGCUGGCGGCCAUGUCGAUCGCGUCGAACGUGAUCGUGGGGUUCGACUUCGGGCUGCUGUUGGGCAUGGCGUCGGCGCUGGAGACGCUGUGCGGGCAGGCCUUCGGCGCCAAGAAAUACUACAUGCUGGGGAUCUACCUGCAGCGCUCCUGGAUCGUGCUCUUGGGCUGCUGCGUGGCGCUGCUGCCGCUCUUCUUCUACGCCACGCCCAUCCUCAAGGCGCUGGGCCAGCCGGACGACGUGGCGGAGCUGUCGGGCCUGGUGGCGCUCUGCUUCAUCCCGCUCCACUUCAGCUUCGCCAUGGUGUUCCCGCUGCAGCGCUUUCUGCAGAGCCAGCUCAAGAACAGCGUCACCGCCUACGUCAACCUGGGGGCCUUUCUGGUGCACCUGCUCAUCAGUUAUCUCUUGGUCUACCGCCUCCGCUUGGGCCUCGUCGCCACCGCCUUCACGCUCAACAUCUCCUGGUGGCUCACCGUGCUCGGUAUGUUCGUCUACGUCGUCUGCGGUGGCUGCCCCCUCACCUGGCCUGGCUUCUCCACUCAGGCCUUUGCCGGUUUGUGGGACUUUCUCAAGCUCUCUGCUUCUUCUGGCGUCAUGCUAUGUUUGGAGAAUUGGUACUACAGGAUUCUGAUAGUGAUGACUGGAAAUCUCAAGAACGCGACGAUUUCAGUGGAUGCGUUGUCUGUCUGCAUGAACAUCAAUGGUUGGGAAAUGAUGAUUCCUCUUGCAUUUUUCGCUGGAACUGGGGUACGGGUGGCAAAUGAGCUAGGAGGUGGGAAUGGGAAAGGAGCCAAGUUUGCUACCAUAGUAUCAGUGUGUGAAUCAGUGGCGAUAGGCUUAAUAUUCUGGCUGCUUAUAAUGUUAUUCCACAAUCAGAUCGCCCUCAUUUUUACAUCUAGCCCACCUGUCUUAGAAGCUGUCUCCCACCUCUCUCUUCUCUUAGCCUUCACAAUUCUGCUCAACAGUGUUCAACCAAUUCUUUCAGGUGUGGCCGUUGGAUCUGGAUGGCAAUCAUACGUGGCAUACAUCAACCUUGGGUGCUACUAUUUGGUUGGAGUUCCACUCGGAGUUUUGAUGGGAUGGGUAUUUCAUCAAGGAGUUAUGGGCAUAUGGGCUGGUAUGAUUUUCGGUGGAACUGCAGUUCAGACUGUGAUACUUGCCAUUAUAACAAUAAGAUGCGACUGGGAAAAAGAGGUAAUUCAUUCAUUUCAAUUACUGAUUAAUUUCCUGCCACAUAUCUCUCAAAAAAUAAUAAUAAUCCUGCAACAUACUAUAUACUCCUAAGUACUAAUUAUCUAAGUUGAGUGAUAAUUACACAAAGAUUAAAAAAAUAGUAGAAAAAAAAUUAACAAGCAAACUUUUCAAUCUAUCCGUAUUUAUUCUUUGACAGUGAAUGAAUACUAAUUUUGAUGAACAUAUCAAUAAUUUUAUUGAACAAGUAUUUUGGUUGGGGGUUCAAAUAAUAUUUCUUCGGUCAUAGAAAAAUAAUACUACUAGAAGGAAGUAACACGAGUGUUAAUAAAAUUAAAGUGGUUAACUAUAUUGUGAGUGGAAAAAAUUUUCAUUUUAAAAGUAGAGGUUUAAUGAAUAAUAGGUAUAAAAGUAACGGAGUAUUAUUAAAUUGCGAUUAUAUAUAAAGAGAAAAAAACAAAAAACUUAAAACCCUUGAAAGCACAAGAAAGCAGACUAAGGGCCGAGCCUCAUUAAAACAUUCCUACGAAAAACCCAAAGGAAAAAA